AUGAACAAGAUCAUCAAGAAGACUCUGAAGACCAAGCUUGACAAAGCCAAGGGUUGCUGGCCAGAGCUACUCCCAGAGGUUCUUUGGUCCUACUGCACCACCUUCCGUACCUCAACAGGAGAAACACCGUUCUCUAUUUCCUUUGGUACCGAAGCCGUGACACCAGUGGAGAUCGGCCAGCCCACAUACCGAACCUGCACUUAUGAUGCCGAAGCCAAUGACGAGCAGUUAGCCCUGAACCUCGACUUCAUUAACGAGCUUCUUGAUCAAUCCAACAUGCGCAACGUCGCAUACAAACAACACAUCGCUAAGUACUAUGACUCCUGA